CUUAAUGUUUACUUUUUAAUACAACGCGGAGAGUUGUCCGUAGCAAAAAAUACACUGGUGUGCUUCGUUUUUUUUUUUUUUCAUACAUUUUGAUAUAUAGUGACUUAAUGGAAAACUUCUUAAUCCUUGGGAAAAUUGGGGAAGGAGCACAUGGCAUGGUUUUUAAAGCAAAACAACUGCAAAGCGGAGAGGUUGUAGCAUUAAAAAAAGUUCAAAUAAGAAGACUCGAGGAUGGUGUUUCUAACACAGCCUUACGAGAAAUUAAAGCAUUGCAACAAAUUGAUCAUGAAAAUGUUGUGAGACUUUAUGAUGUUUUCCCUCACGGUACUGGUUUUGUACUAGUUUUUGAAUUUAUGCUUUCAGAUCUUUCUGAAGUUCUGCGUAAUUUUAAAAACCCUUUAUCAAAAUCACAAAUUAAAAGUUAUAUGAUAAUGCUUUUAAAAGGAAUUUCGUAUUGUCAUUUAAAAAAAAUUAUGCAUAGAGAUUUGAAGCCAGCAAAUUUAUUAAUUUCUUGCUUUGGUUAUUUAAAGAUUGCAGAUUUUGGUUUAGCUAGAAUUUUUCAAAAUGACCCAAAUAAGCGUCAGUAUUCACACCAAGUUGCUACACGGUGGUAUCGUGCUCCAGAACUUUUAUAUGGGUCUCAUACUUAUGAUGAAGGUGUAGAUCUUUGGGCUAUUGGAACUAUAUUUGGAGAAAUGUUAAAUAAUUCUCCUUUAUUUCCUGGAGAAAGUGAUAUUGAACAAUUGUGUUGUGUACUACAUGCUCUUGGUACCCCUGAUGAAGAUCAAUGGCCUGGUUUAAAGGAACUUCCUGACUUUAACAAAAUCAGUUUUCCUAAAAAUAAUCCUAUCCCUUUUGAGAAACUUGUUCCUGAUGCUUCAAAGGAUGCUAUUGAUUUAUUAAAGAAGUUUUUAGUAUAUUCAUCCAAAGAACGAAUUCCAGCUGAAAAAGCUUUAUUGCACUACUAUUUCUUCACAAAGCCACUACCUGUUCAUCAUUUAGAACUCCCAAUUCCUGCAAAUAAAGUUAAGAUUAAUAGGACUAAACUUUUUGAUGUCACUGCACCUAUUGAAGAAUCUUUAGUAUCCAGAGACCAAAUAGCAUCACUUUCUUCUUUUUUUCGAAGAAAGAAUAAAGAAUCAAAACUAGAAAAUUGAUUUAAGUUUUUAUUUUGUGUGUAUAUGUAUUUAUUUGUGUUUUUAUAAAUGUGAAUAUCUACGAAAUUUUAUUUAUUUAAGCAUUUAGAGAAAUAGUCAAUGU